AACUAUGAGGAACGCCUAUACCCAGCUCGAAAAUGGGCAUGUACACAGGCGAAAGGCAUCGAGCAGACAGCACUUGUGAGUCCAAUGUUCCGCACGCUCUUCAACUACAUAUCAGGAAAGAAUGUUCCAAACAUUCGGAUCGACAUGACCUCACCUGUGACAACCUAUGUGGAGCCUGGUCCUGGUCCAACCUGCGAGUCCACCUUCACCAUGGCAUUCCUGAUCCCAGAGGAACACCAGGAAGAUCCUCCGGCUCCCCCUGAUAAUACAAUUUUCAUCGAGGAUCGGCCAGAGAUGAGAGUGCUAACACGGCGCUACGGAGGAUACACAUCAGACGAGAUUAUCAUCAAGGAAGCCAAAGGACUUGCAGAAGCAAUCAAGAAGAAUGGCGAAGAGGGAGUGAACUUCGAACAGUACUACACAGCUGGUUAUGACCCCCCUUUCAAACUCUUUGGCCGGAGGAAUGAGAUCUGGUUUGUCAAGAAGGCUGAGAAGGAGGAGGUCAUGAAUGGGGACGUGGCAAAGGAGAAGGUAGAGAAGAAAGCAGAAGUUGCUCAAGAAAAUGGAGAUGUCCAGAAGGAGGAGUCGGGGAAGCAAAUGGCAAAUGCAGAGGGAGAAGCUAAGCAAGAGAAUGGCGAGGUUGUUCACGUCACAGAUUGAGCUGAGCAAGAAUGUCAGCUCAGGAGGAAACAUUCACACUUUAUUCUUACGACAUUUGAAGCGAUCUAUAAUUUCUUGUCUUUUCUCUAUAUUGCUAUUGUUAUUUUAUCCUUCUCAAUUCCUAAUUGUAUUUCGGGAAGAAGUACAUUAUUUUUUUAUAUAAGAUUUAGGACAAGGAGAUUAAAAGACAUUAAUUAUCUAAAUUUUUAGGCAUGAAACAUGGAUAGAUUUGAAAUAAUUACUAUAUUUAUUGACAAGUUCAUAGGUUAUAUAUGAAUUAAAAAAGAACAAUAAAUGCCAUGAAUAUAUAUAUAUGAAUUAUUGUAAACUUUAAUAGAAUUAUCUCAAGGAAGCAUAAAUACUGUAUUGUUACCUUUAAAACAUGUUUUCAGAAUUUUAAGCCAUAUUUAACAAGUAGAUACAUAGUAAAUUCCUCAUGUGAUAGGGCAGACAGGGAUAUGUGAUCUUGUAAUAGAUAUAUUUUCCUCUUUAUAUGAUGUACUUCAUUGUAUAUUAUGUUGCUUGUUACACUUUGACUGUUGUUGAAUUACAUAACAGAAUUUUGGUUGCUUGAAGUCAGAUCUCAACCAUAUAUUAGCCAACUAUUUAACACACUUUAUCAGAGAAAGCCAUAUAUUUUAAUGUUAGUGUUAAUUGUAGGACAGCACAGGUAUUUGUGUAUGAAUAAACGCACAAAGUGAAAGACACACUAUUUUAGAUAAGAUUAUUGGUAGCAUAUGAUGGCUGUGUCAUAUAAUCAUUAAUAUAAUGUGAUAAUUGAUAACUGCAGAUUACUAACUCUAAUUAUUGGCAAGUUGAUGUGGCCUUAUUGCAGAUUAUAUUAUGGUGCCUAUGCUAAGGUUCAUCAUUGAAAUAAAUACUUGCAGUGCAUCAGGUUGUGACUACAUAAUUAUAGUAUCUCUUAACUGUGAUGUCUUUUUUAUGUUAUGUAGUUUUCUACUAGAAUAACAAUAUUGGUGCAUUUGAAUAGAUCUAUAUCAUUUUAUUUAAUUUUUGUCUUUUUUCUUCUGGUAUUGAAUCUCCAAGAAUUAUCCACUAUCCAUUUUUUUGUUAUAUUGUGUACUACUGUUAUGCUCAUCCUCAGUAAACUUUCUUUGUGA